AUGUCUUCCUCUCAAUCUCAAGGACAAGAUUUGGAUUCUAACGCCGGUACACUCGCCGUCAGCAACAGAAACAGCACAUAUUCCAACAAGUCAGGUGAUGUAUUCUCUGACGAAGGCGACUUGAGUAGCGGCGCUAGCUACCACACAGCUAAUUCCACUAGCAAGGAUCUUGAAUUCGGCAAACUUCCCACCGUAAACCCAAAUGUCCAAAACGGUACAAAAAACAAGACAACCCGUCAAGGCGAUUCCAAUACUCUUAUGAAGCGCAUGCGCCGCAGCAAGUAUUACGAUUUCUGCAUGGUUAGCAUAUACUCCUUUGGACUCUGCACCGCUAUCAUGCUUCCUAUCGCUUUGGUUCCAGUCCACAAAAACGAUAUAAGACUCGCGGUUUCGGUUGCCAUGAAGAAUAUUGAAGUUGUCAACGGCACGUUCAAAGAUGGAAAUGGUACGACUACUCCGGUCAGCGAUUUCAAUCUUUUUGGUUCGAAUCUUACCGUUGCGACUUGCAACUACAUCGAUGCUAAUGAGUUGUGUACGAAUAACACAUUUCACCAUAUUAGUAUCUUGUGGCCUUGCUCCAUCCUGUUUUUGAUCCUAUUGUAUAAAUUCAUCUGGGAUAUCGUUGGUACCAGAUAUGGUUUGGUCAAAAUCAGAGCUAGGAGAAGAGAUGCAAAUCAAUAA